AUCAUCAUUAACCUUUAUAAAAGGAAACCAAAUCUGGUACGAAAAUCAUCAUCAUUAGAAGUUGAUCCAUUCAUUAAGUUCGGUCGUCUAUAUCUUGUGAGACUUUACACCAAAGGACCAGAAUUUUAGAACUAACAGCCCGGCAAUACAACCAGCCAAAGCAAACAAUUUCAAAGACUUAGAUAAAAAAUGUCAGCAAACAAAGAAUCAGCAAGCCAAGCAGUAGAUCCUAACAGUAAUUAAUCACAAGCUGCUACAUCAAAUACGGAUCAAGUUAAAGCAGCUAUCGCCGAGUCGCUGGCAAAAGAGAAAGACAUAAUUGAAGCUAAAUUGGAAAAGAGUAAAGUAACCCAAGAAUUUGAGAGAGAAGCUUGGAAAGGUAGGACUAAAGAAUUAGAAGAUAUUAUAGACCAUCUUCAAACGCCCAAAGCGAACUCUUCCGUCGCAUAGUCCGCCACAGUUCGGAGGACAUUUCAACAAACUAAAGACAAUAAUGUCGAUCAGCUAGAUCUUUACUUUGGAAGUUUUACAGGCACUGAGGAGGACAAAAGUCCAUAUGCGGCUAGUCUAUUGAUAGGACAUGCAAGAUCCUGUGGUACGCAAACUAUUGGGAGAGGGAAGAGAAAGAACUGCCAGCGUGGAAUAACUUCAAGGAUAUUUUGUUAAAGACAUUCAGUAUGCCAUGAGAGGAGCGUCAUCACAUUAGACAGUAUCUGAAUUUACGACAAACAAACUCAGUCCAAGACCUUAUUGAUGAGCACAGGAAGUUGCAUAUAGUCUUACCACACAGACUUCUGAUGCCCGAGGAAUUAGACAUUUAUAACUUCUCAAUAGCGCUCAACCCAGAAAUACAAGAUCACGUGUUAUGGAAAGAACCUAAGACACUCAUUGAUGCCUACCAAUACGCAUGCAACUUUGAACAAACAAUUAUAAGCGAUCGACACCUACAGAGACGAUUUGCUAGAAAAAGAAGUAACAUGCAGUGCUAUGGCUAUGAGCAGAUAGGACACUUAAUUCGUAAAUGCCAUCACAGUGAGGGAUUCUUAGUAGAAGUAACAAAGUCUUCCUGGGGUAAGCGUGAACACUCAGGGACUAAGAUGAUCACAAUACAGGUUUGAACUGAUGGAGAAGAUGGAUACAGAAGCAAUCACGAUUUUGUUGCAAACGAUUUGUAUAAAGAAACAAUUCCAAAAUACAUGGUAACGUGACAUUUUAUCAUGCUGGCAAACGAAGAAGAGAGUAGACAUCGCUUGGUUAAGAAUAGACUUGUAGGCUUAACAAUCACAAGAAUGACCUACUUUUCUGCGAAGGAUUCAAAGCGGAGUUAACUUGAGACAAAUGUAAGAUUAAAGCAACUAGGAUAGAAGAUAAUAGAGCUUGAAACAAUUGAAUUUGCAGAGGUGAAGAAAGAAGCAACGAAAACUGAAAAUUGUUUUAGC